AUGAAGAACUUGAUGGAGUUGGAAUUAGACAAUAACAUGAUCAUUGGUCUAAUUCCAUCCACCAUUGGAAAUUUAAGUAAUCUAUCUUCUCUCACGAUGCAUCGUAACAAGCUUAAUGGCCCAAUCCUUUUCUCUUUUGUCCAUCUUACAAAUUUAUCCUUCAUAGAUCUAUCAUCAAAUAGAUUCAAUGGAUCCCUCCCUUUGCAAAUAGGACAUUUAGAAAAUUUGAAUAUUUUGAAUGUUAGUUACAACAUGCUUAGUGGUCCAAUUCCUACGACUUUUGUGGAUCUACUCCAUAGUAAUCCUUCUUCCGAGUAUGGGUUAAUACGAAAUUAUGGAAUUACAUUGGAGAUUGACUUUAGUCAUAACUUCAUUGAUGGUGAACUUCCCCAUUUGUCACUUGAUCAUAUUAGACCUACAAGCAUCGACUUUAGCUACAAUAAUUUCAUGGGCAAAAUUUCAGAUUCCUUCCUUUUCUUUAGAAAUAUCAACUUAUCGUACAACAAGCUUGAAGGCAAGGUUUCUGACCAAAUUCUGCAUCGUUUUGAUGUAAGUAUUGUUUUGGGUAAUCAAAAGCUUUGUGGCAGUAUUCCCCCGCUUCACCCUUGUGAUUCACAACAUCAUGGAAAUUUCAAAAUGCUGACGAUUCUGUUUCCAUCAAUUUUAUUGUUCGUUCUCUGUUUUUCCUGCUUUGCACUUGUUCAUUCCCGAUCAAAGAAGAGGGUCACCCAUGAGACAAAGUCAAAUAAGCAUGGAAAUGUGUUCUGCAUAUGGGAUUAUGAUGGCAAGAUUGCGUAUGACGAUAUUAUAGAAGCAACAGAGGACUUCGAUAUUAAAUAUUGCAUUGGCACUGGUGGGUAUGGAAGUGUUUAUAGAGCAAGGCUUCCAAAUGGUAAGGUCGUAGCUCUAAAGAAACUUCAUACCCGUGAAGCCCAAGAGACAACUCUUUUCAAAAGUUUCCAAAAUGAAGUUGAUAUGCUGAAAGAGAUAAGGCACAAGAACAUCAUUAAACUCCAUGGAUAUUGCCUCCAUAAACGUUGCAUGUUUCUCGUAUAUGAAUACAUGGAGAGGGGAAGCCUAUUUUGGGUGUUGAGUAACGACAAAGAAGCAGUGGAAUUGGAUUGGAAAAAAAGAUUGAACGUCAUACGAAGAGUUUCACAUGCUUUGUCAUACAUACAUCAUGAUUGGAUUACUCCAAUCAUUCAUCGGGACGUUACAACCAGUAAUAUACUUUUGGACUCAAAUUUAGAAGCUUUUUUUAUCUGA